AUGGCUCCGCGCGUUUGUUCGGCAUGCACAGGACAGGAAUUUCGACUAAACGAGGGAUUCAUGUAUUGCAUCACAUGCGGCACACUAUUCGAGCAUUUCACCGAAAUGGACGACGAUGAUCUCGCGAAAGUCGGUCGAGCAAAAGUGAAAAUCAAAACGAAGCGCAAAAUCGACGCCGAAAAAACGCUAAGAAAUUUGAAAUUGAAGCCAAAAACAAUUUUGGACACGAUGAGAGAAGAGGUCAAAUCAUCGGAAUGCGAGUUUUUUCGCGAUCAAGCUUCAACAUCGUACAAAAAAAUAUUCGCGCUCAAUCGCACGCCGGCUCAUAUCUACCGGCUCGGCAUUCGUCUCACAUGCUUCGCCGAGCUUCUCGCCCGAUGUGCGGCAAUCAUGGUCGACGAAUUCGGGUUUCCCGAGGCUUUGAGGAUGGCGCCGUUGGCGAUAUUCGAGAAGUAUCUUCAACAUUGUCAAGUCGCGUUCGGCGAUUCGGAGACGACUGAUGAUCCCGACGAGCAAUUUGUGGCGAUUCUCGAAAAUGAGAACUACGAAGCCGAACGAGAAGCCGAACGCCUUCGAAAAGCGGCCGAGCGAAAAGAGAAGGCGAGACGAACGCUGAUGGAGACCCAAGAUGCGUGGCACCUUCUCACCCAGGGCAAUUUGACCGAGAAUCUCGAGCUAGAUGAGGAUGACGAUGAGGAUGACAACGAGAUGGAGCUCGAUGAGACGACGAAUCAUCCGAAUGAUCGGACAAUGGGAAUUGUGCGGCGAAUUGAGACGAGAAUGUCGAAGCGCGCCAUGUUCUUGGCGUCGCAAGUGGUGCUCAACGUCGAAAUUCUCGCCGCCAUCGUCCAUUUGGCGUGUCUGUCGAUCGGAUGCCGCAACGUGAUGCUGUCGGACGUCGUCCGAUGGAUUCGCGAGGAUCGAUUCCACAUCUCCGACGAGGCGCUCGUUCGAAUUCAGCGCGGCGGCCACGAGAAAUGGAAUAAGCCGCUGCGGCAGGGCGAGUUGGCGACGUUUCUCGACGCCCACGCCAAACAUUUGCAACUUCCCCUCUACGAAAUCUACCGUACCGAAUUGUUGCUGGUGCAAAGUGUCGAUUUACGGGCGAACGUGUGCGACGUGAGUUUCGCGAAAAUCGCGGCGAGACUCAUCGACAAUUUGAAUUUGCCGACGCACUUGAUACGCCGUCUCAUUCUGUUGGAGAGCAUCCUCAAAUGCGAUUUGUCGACGGUGUGCCGACGGCAGUUGGACGUGAGAAACGGCCGAAAUCUGUCGGAAUUGACGAGAAUCGAGCCGCGAAUGCGCUUCGACGACCUGAUGACAUGCUUCGGGCGAAUCGAUUCCAACUUCAAGGACACCAUGCGCGAUGAAGUCUUGCUCACAAUCGAGACGAAAGUGAUGGCCUACAUUCUAUUGGCGCUCAGAUUGACAAUCGACGUCGACACGGAGCACGUCGUCGAUUACGACGACGUCGACGGCGACUUCGACAUCGACACCUACAUUCAUCAACUCGAAAUGCGGAUUUCGUGUCAACGCGGCCACGCGAUCGCGGCGAUCAUCAAGACGAAUGAGAUUGUGGCGGAAAUGCACGCGAAGACGCCGUUCGGCGACAACGUCGUCGGCCAACUUCUGGAGACGUCGUCCACGCAAAACCUGCCGACGGUGUUCAUGAUUCGGCGAGCCACCGACUCGCGCGAGCCGUCGGCUCUUCUGAGCCCGCUCAAACAUCAGACGAGUGUGCUCCGCGAGGAGAUGAGCAAAAACGCGGAGCACGGGCGCAAUUGCAGUCAGCAGUCGCUCGAAACCUUCUUCAAAUCAUUUUCGAAUUGCAAACUCGGCGAAACGUCGGCGAACUUCUCGAACGUGUUUCCGGCUAGCAAUAAUUAUCCGCGCUAUUCACGGCCGAUUUGGUUGGCGAAAGUGGCGUCGAAGACGCGCAAACGAUUCGCGGAGUCGGGCAAUUAUCGAAUUCAUUUGACGUCGCAAGUGAUACGCGAUGUCUAUUUGUCGGCCGAAUCGACGUUCUCGCGACGCUUCAAAUUCAUUCUCGAAUCGUUCGCGUUGAUUUUGGGCGAGGACGUUGAAGCGCUCUACGCGGCGUUUUCGCUAUUGGAGACGGCGUUGAUUGAAAACGAAAAAUUGAUGGAGCUCAAGAGGGAUUUGCUCGAGUCGACGCCGAUUCCCGUCCGAUGUCUCAGUUAUUCGAAAUCGGGCGAUCAUGUCGAAUCGCGCGCUCAUGUGAUGCCCGCCGAGCCUCUGACAUCGAUCGACGAUCUCGAUCAGUUCGUCAUCAGCUUCUCAUCGCUCGGCGUCGAGCUGCCCGACAUGACGUCGUCGUCGGAUUCUGAAUUCGACGACGAUGACGACGAUGACGACAAUCUUCGACGUCUUCUCAAAUCCGCUCGAUUUCGUCAUUCGAACUCGCGAAAUCGCCGACAAACCGACGACACGAAUCGGACAAGAAGCGAAAAGCGCGUUUUCGAGUUUGACACAAUUUGGCGAUUACUGUAUAUCAAAUAUUGGUAG